ACUAACAUCAAUGGCGGAUAAAACCAGACGCGGAUUUAAUUUGAUCGAACGAUUCUCACAAACAAAAUAUCUCUAAUUCUCUAAUUGAUGAAACCUGAAAAGCACAAAUGGAUACUAAUGAAGAAUGGAGUGUUCCGAACAGUGACGACGAAAGGGACGAAGAGCUACUUGGUUUAACACAAAAUGGCUGCCACGAUGUGCCUGUGAAAAUCCUGAAAUACUACGAGGACAUUGAAAAGAAUAAAGUAUUAGAACUGAACGUGAAAGAGUUUAGAAAGCCUUUUAAGCAAGAUAUUGUUGAUGGUGAUAAAGAUAGUUGUCAGAAGGAACUUCAGGAGGAGAGAAAAGACGACGAAGAGAGUUCAACUUGUGCAGACGAAGAGAAGGAAACACAUCUAGAAAAAUCAAAUGAACCUUCAGAGUUUGAUUAUCUGGAAGAACCAGAUGAAUGUCAAGGACAGCUUACAAGAAGAACUCCCAAAACUGGAAGACUACCGAAGAAAAGAGUUGGGACCCUAAAGAAUGUUAUCUCCAACUUAAAACGUUACAAACAACUUGAUAGUUCUACUAGUGAAGACCCAAAGCUAACUACUGCAGAAAACAAAUCUGAUUUUGAAAGCAAAAAAGAUGUUAGUGAGCCAAAGGAUGAUCCAGAUGACUCCAAAAACACAUAAUGGAAUACAUGCAAUUUUGUAAAUAUUAAGAAAACCUUAUGUUUCAAACAAGAAGAAGAAUAGAUGUUUCUUGAGGCAAGUCUGCUAAGCAUUGGAAUCAGUCGCUAGCUGUUAAUUGAAAGUUUACUCAUUUUGUACAAGGCUUUGUUGACUACUACAGUGUAUAUACAAAUGGGUUUGUAGGCUGUGUUUGUAGGUGAGUGAAAUCCAAAAGUCAUGAAUGGUGUUUGAUAGGGCAUUUGCAUGACUCCCUUGUGGGAAUACAAAUUUAGAUAAGAAAGAAAAUUUGUGAAGUAUUAUUGUAGUGGGAGUCAAAUGACGCCAUCAUGCGAAUGUCCUAUUAUCCUAAAUAUAUUAAUUGCUGCACAUGAUGAACUAUAGUUUUGCUAUGCAUGGCAACUCCAACCUUGACUUGGUAUUUUUAUUUGUGAACACUGAACACAACAAUAGCAAGAUUUCUUCAAAAUCAUUUUCAGGUUCAAAACAAAAAACCUGAGAUUGAAAGUUAUUCCCAGAAAAUGACUUAAAUAUCCUCUGAUGUAUUCAUUUUAGAUCAUACACAUUCAAAAGAUAUGAAAGGUGUUCAAUAUUUACCUAUAUGUAUAAAAAUUUAUGAACAUUCCAAAAGUUGUAUCACUAGAUACAUCUGAUCAACAUACCUUUUACGGUAUGUACUAUUUCUAUGUUCUAUGUAUUUUGAACUGGAAACCAUCCUGCUACAUGUACAGGACUGUGAAAUUCAUAUAUGUGUACCAUUUGUCACUCAUGAUUUUAAAGUGCCUAUGACAUUCUAUUUUUUAUUUUUUUAUAUCAAAAUAUAAGUCAUUCUAAGAGAGAUUCCGAAAGAAUCUUUUGAUUUGACACUUCUUUCAUUUUUCAGAGCAGUUAAGUUGAAAAAUGGUUGAUUUUUUAUGUUUAACUGCUUGGAAAAAAUAGAAAGAAGGAUCAGAAUUUUAACAUGUACAAUCUUAGAAUGACAUAUCUUGAUCAUGGGCUGUAGGAGAAUAUUUGGUUUGUGAUGGGUAAAAUGCUUGUUAGUAGACCAAAUAAAUCACUAAUGAGUUACUUGGA